CAAACAAGAAGAAGAGGGAUGUUUUAGCCCUGCCGGCGUUGAGUUCUGAUAUUUCCUACAUCCCCUGACAUACCCACCAGCUGGAACCCUCCUGCAGCUGAAGUGAACCUCCAGACAUCCUCUUCUCUCCUCUCCGGGUACCAGACAACUUCAGCCGGCCAUGGCGCAGAGAAACUUCUUCGUGGGGGGGAACUGGAAGAUGAACGGGAACAAGGAGAGCCUGGAGGAGCUGAUCUCCACCCUGAACACCGCCAGCCUGCACGACCAGACCGAGGUGGUGUGUGGAGCCCCCUCCAUCUACCUGGAUUUCGCUCGCUGCAUGCUGGAUCUCAGGUUCGGAGUCGCAGCUCAGAACUGUUACAAGGUGGCCAAGGGAGCCUUCACAGGGGAGAUCAGUCCGGCCAUGAUAAAGGACUGCGGGGCAGAAUGGGUGAUACUUGGACACUCUGAGCGCCGCCAUGUUUUUGGGGAAAGUGACGAGCUGAUUGGUCAGAAGGUGGCCCACGCUAUGGAGAGUGACCUGAGUGUGAUCGCCUGCAUCGGGGAGAAGCUGGAGGAGCGGGAGGCUGGCACGACAGAAGAAGUUGUCUACGCUCAGACGCAGGUCAUUGCAGAGAAUGUGAAUGAUUGGGGGAAAGUGGUGCUGGCGUAUGAACCUGUGUGGGCCAUCGGCACAGGCAAAACAGCGUCACCUGAACAGGCUCAGGAGGUCCAUGAGAAGUUGAGGGCGUGGCUCAGAUCCAACGUGUCAGACGACGUGGCCGACUCUGUGCGCAUCAUUUACGGAGGUUCAGUAACGGCUGGUAACUGCAGAGAGCUGGCGUCACAGAACGACGUGGACGGCUUCCUGGUGGGCGGAGCCUCUCUGAAACCAGAGUUUAUUGAAAUCAUCAAUGCACGCGCGUAACGGACACAGCAAUUCGGACCAUCGGUCGGCCCUUCAGAUUGACAACAUGUCUCUGUAAACUGGUCUGACUGAUCAGCAGGUUCGAAAUAAAUGUUUAUUUUGCUAAAUAUAUGUUAUGAAAUAGGUCAAAUGUAGGGCACUGGAAUUAAAUUAAAGUUAGAUAUCUUUAUUUUUUCUGGUCUUUGGUUGUCAUAUGUUGGAUUGUCCUCUUUAAUGUAUUGCUCUGGAGUAUUUUGAUGUUCUGAAUUGUGUUUUAAACUCUGUUUUAAUGUUGCAUUAACAAUGCACUCUCACCCAUAUGCACUAACAGUUACUUCAGGGCCCUUGACGAUAAAAGCUUUUAACAGAAUAUACUGUAUAUAUAUAUAUAUAUAUAUAUAUAUAUAUGUAUAGAUAUAUAAAACUAAAACUAUAUCUGACUGCUUGUACUCAGCUUUGAGGAGUAAAGACUUUUAUUGUGAAGUUUAUACCAAUAGGCACCAAAGAUUGAUGUAGUAAUCACUGCACACUGCUGCUGUAUGUUUAACCCUUUGUGUCCCAUGUUUAUCAUAAAAACUGAAAGAAUAACUUAAUAAAACGUGAAACUCUUAAAUAUGUUUAGUAUUGUUUGCUUUGCCCUAUUUUGCUUUCUGAAUGUUUCCCUUUCCUGUGGUAUGUUAUAGUUUUUUUUGUCCAUGUGAACGCUCUGCAAAGGCUAAAAUUCCAAUUCUCUCUCACACACUUGUUUGUUUUCUUCUGAAACAUAAUGACAUCAGUAUGUAACAAUCGCGCUUUCUUUGGCUGGCAUAAUUUAUAGCAGUUA